UCCACAACGCUUCAGAACGCAGCUGCGCCAAAAAAACACAAUAACCCAAAAUCCUUCCUCACUCUCUCUUCCACUCUUUGUUCUUCCUCUUUCCCAAUCCACCUCUCAUUCAUCACCCCUUUCCAUAGCCAAAUUCCCCUUCGAAACUUCUAUGGCCUAAGUCUUCCUCAGACCCACAAUUGCAGCAAAGGGCAAGAAACCAAUAACAGGGCUAGAUACACUUCCAAUUUAAAUCAGAACCACAAACAUUUAUUAUUUCUACAGUUCUUCCCUGACAGUGACACAGAAGACACCAAUAAUCAAAAUCCAAGAACCAGAAACCACUGUCAACAUCAAGUCGACGAACAAAGAAAAUUCAAGGAAAAUAAAGAAUCCAGGUUACUUUCAAACAUGUUGUGGGUAGAUGUGAAAGCAGCACUUGGCCAAAGAAUAAACUUGGAGGGCAUUCUAUGUUCAACUAUGGUGAUCUUAAAAGACCCGAAAUUGGCAAUGCCCCAUAUUUCUGUUCCUGAUAUAAGGUACGUUGAUUGGACUGAGCUGCGUCAAAAGGGAUUUAAGGGUGUAGUCUUUGACAAGGAUAAUAUUAUUACAGCACCUUACUCUUUGAAGCCCUGGCCUCCACUUGAGUCUUCAUUGGAGUGUUGUAAAUUGGAGUUUGGUCAUUAUAUUGCUGUAUUUAGUAACUCUGCUGGACUUCAUGAAUAUGACCAUGACAGUUCAAAAGCUAGGAUGCUUGAAGAUGCAAUUGGAAUUAAAGUCAUUAAACAUAGGGUGAAGAAGCCAGCCGGUACAGCUGAAGAAAUUGAAAAGCAUUUUGGUUGUGUAGCUUCACAAUUAAUCAUGGUUGGUGAUCGGGCAUUCACUGACAUUGUUUAUGGCAAUCGGAAUGGGUUUCUAACUAUUUUGACAGAGCCAUUGAGUCUUGCUGAUGAGCCAUUUAUUGUUAAGCAGGUGAGGAAGCUAGAAACUUCAUUUGUAAGUUUCUGGUCUAGAAGAGGGUUGGAGCCACUUGGCCAGAAGUUAUUGUUAGAUCCAAAGCCAUGUGCCAAAGAGCCAUAUCCUUGACAAGACUAAUCUCCAAACACUGCCAUUUGGCCAUCAGAAUACUGCCCUUGUGUAAAGUAAUGCAUACAUGUCAAUAUUUUUUUUAAAAAAUAUGUAUUUUAUUUUUUUACCACAUGUUAAAUAUAUCCCUCUGCCCUUUAGCUGA